GACGUUCACUCAGUGGAUUUACUCUUCAACCUGGAUCGUGUUACUGCUCUCGAGCACUUACUCAAGUCUGUCUUGCUCUAUUCCUUUGACACAUCACUUCCCAUUUCUUCUUCCAUUACGUGCAUGUGCCAUUUAUUUGUCAAGGAGCAUGAUUUUUCUAGCCAAGUAUGUCCCAGCGUUUCGCACUCUGUAGCUUUUAGCCUGCACUUCGAAGUUAGAAAACGCAAGUGGGUUGAGAUUGACGUGACUUCUUUUCUCCAGCCUCUAAUCGCUACUAACAGGAGGAAUAUUCAUAUGGCCGUGAACUUCACUUGUCUGAUGGGUGAUCCACAACAGAACACUAAACUGGAAAAUCCCAUUAAUGUGGCACUGGUUCCCCCUUCUCUUCUUCUUUAUCUGAACGAUACCAGUGAGCAGGCUUAUCACAGGUGGAACUCACUUAGGCACAGAAGGAAAAACCCAGUGCGGCCCAGGCAAAGGAACAGUCCACGUGUUGAUCCUACAGGUGACAAAGGAAAAGAGAAUUCACAGGGCGGAAGGGCCUCUCGACGCCGAAGAGACGGGAAUCUGAAAGAAGCACCAGCAACUCCACCCCAUAACCUGAGCGAAUACUUCAAACAGUUUCUCUUCCCCCAAAACGAGUGUGAGCUUCACAACUUCCGCCUGAGCUUCAGCCAGCUGAAGUGGGACCGGUGGAUCAUAGCCCCCCACAGGUACAGCCCCCAGUACUGCAAAGGCGACUGCCCCAGGGUGGUGGGGCACCGCUACGGCUCUCCCGUCCACACCAUGGUCCAGAACAUCAUCUACGAGAAACUGGACUCCUCCGUCCCCAAGCCCUCCUGUGUCCCUGCCGAGUACAGCCCCCUCAGCGUCCUCACCAUCGAGCCCGACGGCUCCAUCGUCUACAAAGAGUACGAGGACAUGAUAGCUACCAAGUGCACUUGUCGGUAG